AUGGCAAAGAAGGGUAAGGUUCUGGUGAAGUCAGCAGGGAAGAAGAAGAAGAAACGAGGGUCGUCCUCGUCAGAUAUGGUCAAAAAAAUGAAAUCAACGGCUGAAGUGCUUGGGGUGGAGGCCAUCGAUUUCUCUGAAGGAGAACUGGGGAAUGGGACGGAGCCUCCUUCUCCGUCGCCGUUGAUACAGGAGAACGCAGAUCUGGUCCUUUCUCCGGAGGCGACGCUAGUGAGCUUGCAAAGACAGGACGAUAUUAGGCAAUACUUUUCAAAUUUCCUUUCUGCAUCGCAUCGUUGUGCUAAGGAAGUUAGUGAAGGUAAGAGCCCAAUGCCUCCGGUGCUCAGAUCUGGUAAUGUAGUGCAAAAUCUGAGUGGUAAAUUUGGCAAUUCUGAGAAGAUUUCUGAGGGGAAACAGGGGAUUAAGAUAGAAUUAGAGGAUAUUGAAGAGGAGGUUAAUUUUUGGAACUCUUCUCUUGUUGGCUAUGUGUUGGGAGCGAAUCCCCCUCUGUCUGUUCUGGAGGGAUUUGCUAGAAGAGUAUGGAGAAGCAGAGGAGUCGAUAAGGUGGGUGCAAUCUCUCCUGGCGUUUUCAUCAUUCGAUUUGAUACAAUUGAAAAUAGAGAUGCAGUGCUGGAAGGGGGUUUCGUUUUCUUUGAUAAGAAACCAGUCAUUCUCAAGCCUUGGGAUGCUAAUUCAGAUUUUAAGAAGGAAAAUGUUUGCAAAGUUCCUACAUGGAUUCAACUCACUGAUUUAGAUCUUAAGUACUGGGGUGAACGCUCACUUUUCAAGAUUGUUAGUCAAUUGGGCAAGCCUUUGAUGGUAGAUCAAAUUACAAAGAACCGAGAGAAACUAAAUUUUGCAAGAAUUCUAAUUGAGGUAUCUAUUGAUCAGGAGUUUCCUGAGAUGAUCAGAUUUGAAAAUGAGUUGGGGUUUAAUGUCUCUGUUAGUGUGCACUAUGAGUGGGUUCCUGCUUAUUGCAGACAUUGUAAAGGCAUGGGACACAAAGCACUAGAUUGUCGCAAGAAGGAGGGUAAAAAACAAGAAUGGGUUGUGAAAGUAGGGGAGGCCAAAGCAGCUGGGAAAACAAGGAAAACAGAUUGA